AUGAAUAAAGAAUAUAUUUUUCAACAAUUUUUAUUCUUAAUAUUAUUAGUUUUUACUAGUUCUGUAAUAUCAUUAAAACCAUGUGGUCAUGAACAUUUUUUAAGCUUUGUAACACAUUUCAAUAUAAAACCGGUUCUACAUUAUAUUGGUGAGAAUAAUAAUACCAAUUUCGAAAAAUCACCGAAUGCCAGUUCAUGGGAUCCGAAUUGGAUAGAGUCUAUGGGUGGUAUCGAUUAUCCCGAUAGUCAGAAUCGUUCAGGAUUCUUUCCUAUCAAAUUCAUGCCACGACAGAAUGUGUUUUAUUGUGCUCUGCCAUAUAACGACUUGGAUCAAUGGGGUCGAAAGAUUUCUUCGAUUCAUAUCCCGUGGGCAGAUGAAAUCGAUUUGAAUGACCACCGAGAUUCGAUCAUACAACACCGCUGGAUUCGUGUUGCCACCCACGAAGUCGAGGGAUAUUGUCAAUUGGAAGAUGUAGGACCUGGUGGUAGCGAUGAUUUCGACUAUGUUUUCGGACCUGCACAUGCAAUACCUGAGUAUGAACACGGUGGAAUUGGAAUUUCACCAGCUCUUGCCCAAGUGCUAGGUAUGCUAAAUCAUAUAAAAUCAAGAGACAUGGUUAUGUGGUCAUUUGUCGAUGAACAUCAUGUUCCAAAUGGUCCUUGGAUAUUUAAAAAAGAGAAAAAAGAAAAACUUUUAAGAACCAAAAGAAAAUAUUAA